UUGACCUGAUCCGUUGGAACAGAACGGUUUUCUCGUUCAAUUCGCUUUCGGCUUUCCAAGCUGCAAGCCAUACUUUCCUGUUCCCUUUUCCAGUUUUAAUACAUUUUCCCCGUUCUAAGUGUUAAUUGUCGAUUAAGUUGUGCGUUUUGUGUUGAAUGUGCCAGCCGGAGCACCAGGUGCCCCCCAGCGAGCGAAGGAAGCGGGCACAGAGCCCGAAGAUGACCACCAGCCGGCGAGGAUUCAACCUAACCUCGCAGACACGCGCUAGCCAUUCCAGUUACGGAAAUUUGCGACAGCAGGCAAAGGAUCAAACACACAAUGGACUCGCAGCACGGCGAGCUGUUGAGCGCCACCUGGCCAUCCCGGUGCUCCUGGUCCUGGGCCUUUGCGGUGCUGCUGCUGCCGGCACGCCGGGAUCUGCGGACACGCGGUGCGAUGCGGGACAAUUCCAGUGCAGAGACGGCGGCUGCAUCUUACAGGCGAAGAUGUGCGACGGACGCGGAGACUGCAAGGACGGCACGGAUGAAAUGGACUGCGACUACCGACUGUGCCGAGCGCCACAUUGGUUCCCGUGUGCCCAGCCACACGGAGCCUGCCUGGCAGCGGAACUAAUGUGCAACGGCAUCGACAACUGUCCCGGCGGCGAGGACGAGCUCAACUGCCCGGUGCGCCCAGGAAUCCGAUUGUGGGACUCCAGCCGGCGCAUGCGCAACUGCAGCGAGCACGAGUUCACGUGCCAGCAGGAUCGCACCUGUAUUCCGGCUGACUUCAUGUGCGACGGCCGAGCGGACUGUGCGGACAGGUCGGACGAGGUGGACGGAUGCGAGCAGGCGAAGGCCACCUGCUCCUCCACGGGCCACCUCUGCGCCAACGGACGAUGUCUGCGGCGGAAGAACUGGGUCUGCGAUGGCGUCGACGACUGCGGCGAUGGAAGCGAUGAAAGGGGAUGCGAGGACAUUUGCCAACCCCAGAUGGGCAAAUUCCUGUGCCGGAAUCGUGAAACCUGCCUGCUUCUGAGCGAAGUGUGCGAUGGCCACAGCGACUGUUCCGACGGAAGCGACGAAUCUGACCUCUGUCACUCCAAGCCAAACUGCGAGGCGAAGAAGUGUCCGCCGGGGGCCAAGUGCCACAUGAUGCCCACCGGAGGAGCCGAGUGCCAUUGCCCGGCGGGUUUUCGGAAGGCCAAGUUCGAGGACAAAUGCGAGGACAUUGACGAGUGCCAGGAACGAGAUGAUCUGUGCAGCCAGGGAUGCGAGAACACCUCGGGAGGCUAUCGAUGCGUAUGUGAUCCAGGUUACCUGCUAGCCAAAGAUAAUCGCACGUGCCGCGCCAUCGUCCAUGCCUCCGAGGAUCAGCAGCCCCUCCUGCUGUACACUACCCAGAUGACCAUUAUGGGAAUGCACCUGCACGAGGACAACGUACGAAACCAUAUCUACCCGGUGGCCGGGAAUCUCAGCAAAGUGAUUGGCGUGGCCUACGAUGGCAGUCACAUCUACUGGACCAACAUCCAGAACGAGGCGGAGAGCAUUGUGAAGGCAAACGCCGAUGGUACGCAAGCGGAGAUCCUGCUGACCUCUGGUCUGGAUGCACCGGAAGACCUGGCCGUGGACUGGCUAACGCAGAACAUCUACUUUUCGGACAACAUAAUGCGGCACAUAGCCGUGUGCUCGAACGAUGGUAUCAACUGUGUCGUCCUGGUCACCCAGGAUGUGCACCAGCCGCGAUCCCUGGCCGUGUGGCCACAGCGAGGUCUGAUGUUCUGGACGGAUUGGGGCGAGAAGCCCAUGAUAGGCCGUGCCUCCAUGGAUGGCAGCCGAUCACGGGCCAUUGUGAGCGACAAUAUCCAUUGGCCCAACGGCAUUGUGUUGGAUAUGCACCAGCAGAGGAUCUACUGGGUGGAUGCCAAGCUGGGAAGUGUCCAGACGGUGCGACCCGAUGGCACUGGCCGGCGUACUGUGCUGGAUGGGAUGCUGAAGCAUCCCUAUGGCCUGGCCAUAUUCGAGGAUCAGCUGUAUUGGUCGGAUUGGGCAACGAAGAGCGUGCAUGCCUGCCACAAAUUCUCCGGCAAGGGUCAUCGCAUCCUGGCCAAGGACCGCACCAUUUACGCCGUGCACAUCUAUCAUCCCGCCAAGCAGCCGAACUCCACCCACGGCUGUGAGAAUGCCAGAUGCUCGCAUCUCUGCCUUCUGGCCGAACCCGAGGCUGGCGGUCAUAGUUGCGCCUGUCCGGAUGGAAUGCGCUUGGCUCCGGAUCAGCAUCGCUGCAUGCUGAUGGAGAAGCGCCAGCGGCUGUUCGUGGGAUUGGGACAGGUGCUCCUGGAGUUCGAGCACACCGCCUUUGGACGCCAUCAGAUCAGCAAGACGUACACACUGCCCUGUGUCAUCAACGAAAUGGUCUACAACCGGAUUAAUGGCAGCCUCAUAAUAGCGGACAAUGACCAGCGCUUGAUUUUGGAGUUCCAGCCAGAGCAGCACGAGACCAGCGUCCUGGUCCGCUCUAGUUUGGGCAAUGUGAGUGCCCUGGCCUUCGACCAUCUCAGCCGGAAUCUCUACUGGGCGGAUGUGGAGCGCGGUGUGAUAGAGGUGCUCUCCCUGCAGACGCGUCAACGUGCCCUUAUCCGUUUCUUCCCGGGCCAGGAGUGGCCCAUUGGCCUGAGUGUUAUGCCCACGGAGGGCUAUCUGUAUGUGGUGCUAAAGGCGCGGCGGCACAGUCACAUAGAUAGGAUACCGCUGAGCGGCAAGGGAGAGCAGGUGCAUGUCUUCGAGGACGACCUGGGAGAUGAUGACAUCCGGUUGGCCGCUGACUACGAGACCCAGACGCUCUUCUGGUCGGACAGCGACCUGGGCAGGAUUAGCUUCUCGAACUACGCAAUGCCGGAGAGCCAAAUGUUCCGUGGCAAACUGAGGCGUCCCUACAGCCUGGCUUUGGUGCACCACGAUCUGUUCUGGAGCGAGUUGGGCUCGCCGCGAAUCUUCUGGACGCACAAGAGCAACAUGGGUCCGCGAAAGAUGAUAGACAUCAUGGGAAGCAGUGAUCCCGACGCCAUCGUGCCAUUUGCACCCAUCGCCGCACCCAGGAAAAUCCCGCUGGCAUCCAGUUCACCCGUCGGCCGAGAUUCGCAUCCCUGCCAGCAGCAGAACGGCGGCUGUUCGCACAUCUGCGUGGGCGAGGGACCCUACCACUCGAUCUGUUUGUGUCCGGCCGGAUUCGUUUACCGGGAUGCCGGGAACCGUACUUGCGUGGAGGCCCUGGACUGCGAGUUCCGCUGCCACAGCGGCGAGUGUCUCACCCUGAACCAUCGGUGCAAUGGACGGCGCGACUGUGUGGACAACUCGGAUGAAAUGGACUGCGACGAGCAGCACCGCAAGAAGCCCAAGGUGAUGUGCUCCCCCGCGCAGUUCGCCUGCCACAAUGGAGAGCAGUGCAUCGCCAUGGACCGGCGCUGCGACGAUCGCAAGGAUUGCCACGACCAGUCGGAUGAGCAGCAUUGCGAGAAGUUCGACAAGACCAAGAAGUGUCAUGUCCACCAGCACGCCUGCGACAAUGGCAAGUGCGUGGACUCGAGCCUGGUCUGCGAUGGCACCAAUGACUGCGGCGACAACUCCGAUGAGACCACGUGCGAGACAACCUCGCGAUGCGAACCGGGCAUGUUCCAGUGCGGAAGCGGUUCCUGCAUCGCGGGCAGCUGGGAGUGCGACGGACGGAUUGACUGCAGCGACGGAUCGGAUGAGCACGACAAGUGUGCCCACCGAAGUUGUCCGCCGGACAUGCACCGCUGCCAGCUGGGCCAGUGCCUGGACAGGAGUCUGGUGUGCGAUGGCCACAACGACUGUGGCGAUCGAUCGGACGAACUGAACUGUGAACUGGAUACGUCUACGGUGAACAUAUCCUGCCCUGAGGACCAGUACCAGUGCACGAGCAAUCUGAAGAUCUGCCUGCCGUCAGCUGUGCGCUGCAAUGGCACCACCGAGUGUCCCCGUGGCGAAGAUGAGGCCGAUUGCGGGGAUGUGUGCAGCAUCUACGAGUUCAAGUGUCGCUCCGGACGGCAGUGUAUCCGGCGGGAGUUCCGCUGCGAUGGUCAGAGGGACUGCGGCGACGGUAGCGAUGAGUUGAACUGCGACCAGGAGAAGGGCAACCACAACCAGAGUCAGAUUCACGCCUGGAGCACCUCGAGCCGGGCUUGCCGGCCACAUCUUUUCGACUGCCAGGAUGGCGAGUGUGUGGACAUGUCGCGGGUGUGCAACAAGUUCGCUGACUGUGCCAACGGACAUGACGAGGGUCCCAAAUGCGCCACGGCCUGCCGAUCCUCUUCGGGACGCCCGGUGUGCCAGCACAAGUGCCGAGCCUCGCCCGCCGGCGCCGUGUGCUCCUGCUUCGAUGGCUAUCGCCUGGACGCGGACCGCAAGAGUUGCUUGGACAUUGACGAGUGCCAGGAGCAGCAGCCGUGUGCCCAGCUGUGCGAGAACACCAUGGGCGGCUAUCAAUGCCAGUGCCAUGCGGACUUUAUGCUCCGCCAGGAUCGGGUCAGCUGCAAGAGCCUUCAAUCUGGAGCCACUCUGCUCUUCAGCACCUUCAACGAAGUGCGGAAUCUGAGUGAACAGCCCGUAAUGCUUAGUGUUGCCUGGUCAGCGAAUGAUUCAAGGAUCACCGGCUUUGAUGUGGACAUGCAUCGUCAAAUGGGUUACUUUUCCACCGAGGAUGAGGGUAUUAUCUACCAGAUCGAUCUAAAGAGUAGGAGAGUAGUGCGGGCUUUGGGUCUGCCGACACCCACGAAGCUCUCCCUGGAUUGGGCCACUGGCAAUGUCUAUGUGCUAAGCGGAGCUCAGGAGAUCCACGCGUGCAGCUUCGAGGGACGCAUGUGCAGCAGGAUAGUGCGCGUGAAGAGCCCCAAGCAUCUCAAGCACCUGGCUGUGGAUGGCUACAGCGCCAAGAUCUUCUACAUAGCCAUACGCAUGCAGGGCUUUGGCCAGACGAACUCGGAGAUCCACACGGCCAGGCUGGAUGGCAGUCACAAGGAUAUGCUGCUGCAGAAGAGCGAGAGCUUUAUGGUGGCCCUAACUACCGAUCCUCAUCAGCAGUUGUUGUACUACGUGGACCUGCAUUCACGCACGCUAGAGAGGAUAAGCUAUCGGACUAGAUCGGGACCAAUACGAAGACCUGAGAUCAUGCUGCAGAAGUCCAAUGCCUUGAUGCAACCCUCUGGGCUGAGUUUGUACGAAAAUAAUGUGUUUAUUGUGAACCUCGGCUCCGUGGAAGCGGUGCAGUGUGCCCUCUACGGUUCCCGGAUCUGCCACAAGAUACCCUUAAAUGUGCUUAACGCCCAAGACAUUGUGGUGGCCGGCAAGUCCCGGCAGCCCCAGCCGUCGUCGCAUCCCUGCGAGCAUGCCCACUGCCACGGGCUGUGCCUGCAGGCCAACUACGGAUACGAGUGCAUGUGCGGUAACCGACUGGCGGCCGAGGGCGAACGGUGCCCCCAUGGAUCCGGCAACGAGGUGAUCCUGGCGGGAUCGCCCAACAGCCUGGAACUGGAGCAAGAGCAGGCGGGCAACCACUGGUUGAUGGCGCUCCUCAUGCUGGCCGUCGGAUCGUUGGUCGCCGGACUUGGGUACAUGUACUAUGAGUACCGGAAACGCGGCCACAAGGAUCUCAAUAUUAACCUGCAUUUCCAGAAUCCGCUGGCGACGCUCGGCGGCACCAAAACGUUCCUGGAGCACGAACGCGCCGAGUCCGGAGUCGGGUUCACACCGGAACCGGGCACAGGAUCAACCACGGGCACGGGAUCCAGCAGCAUUGGUAGCAACGACACGUUCACCACCACCAGCACCUCGUCCACGUUUAGCGUGCCGAAUCCUUUCCAGAGAUUGCUCCGAUCGAGGCAAGCGGCGUCCAACGAUCCGAUGGCUCAAGAAUUGCUUCUCGAGAGCCCCAGGGAAAACAACCUACACACGCUGGACGGAGGGCGGCAAGGAGGCGAAGGCCAUGGGCAGGUGCCCAACAUCCUGGUGGCACACAUGGACGACGAAUCUUCCGCACGAUUCGGGGGAAGUCGGUCAAGCAAUGAUGCGAAUGCACGACUUGUAUCGUAAAUGAGGUGAAAGUCCAUCCGGAGGAGUUCCUCCACCGCCCAUCCACUAGUUAUGCUGUUAAGUUUGGUCAUAAUUCAAUGUAUUUAUUAUCGUGUUUCAAUGUUAGUCGGUGAUUGGUGUUUAUUAAGAUGAUUUGUUCA